ACCACAAGCGGCUUCAAUCCAAACCAGAAGCAGGGCGACAAAAGAAGAAAUCAGCAUGACAACAUGAGUGAGAGGGUGUCAGCGCUGAGUCGGGAGGACGGCGAUAUUACAAUGGGAUAUUAUGACGAGGAAGACGACUUGGAGGCGUUUUCAGACGCCGAGGUGGGCUGUGGGGGCGGAGUGUUGGACGUCAGUGAUUCUCUGAAUGGAGAGGUCAAACCUCGUAUACUAUUGAUGGGCCUGCGGAGAAGUGGGAAAUCUUCCAUCCAGAAGGUGGUUUUCCAUAAAAUGUCACCCAGUGAGACCCUGUUCCUGGAGAGCACCAAUAAGAUCUGCAGAGAGGAUGUCUCCAGCAGCUCCUUCGUCAGCUUCCAGAUCUGGGACUUCCCUGGCCAGAUUGACUUCUUUGACCCCACCUUUGACUAUGAAAUGAUCUUCAGAGGAACCGGAGCACUAAUCUUUGUAAUUGAUUCACAGGAUGACUAUGUCGAGGCUUUAAGAAGACUGCAUCUCACAGUGACCAGGGCCUACAAAGUCAACCCAGACAUCAACUUCGAGGUGUUCAUUCACAAAGUUGAUGGCCUGUCAGAUGACCAUAAGAUUGAAAAGCAAAGGGAUAUUCACAAGCGAGCCAACGAUGACCUUGCAGAUGCAGGCCUAGAACGGAUACACCUAAGCUUCUAUUUAACAAGUAUAUACGACCACUCCAUAUUCGAGGCUUUCAGUAAAGUGGUCCAGAAACUCAUCCCACAGCUGCCCACACUGGAAAACCUGCUCAACAUCUUCAUAUCUAACUCAGGUAUUGAGAAGGCCUUCCUGUUUGAUGUGGUCAGUAAGAUUUACAUUGCCACAGACAGCAGUCCAGUGGACAUGCAGACAUAUGAACUGUGUUGUGACAUGAUCGAUGUGGUCAUUGACAUCUCCUGCAUCUAUGGUCUGACAGACAUUGACGCUGGUUUACCCUAUGACAAGGAGUCUAUGGCCAUAAUCCACCUGAACAACAGUACGGUCAUGUACCUGAAGGAGGUCACCAAGUUCCUUGCUGUGGUUUGCUUCCUUCGCGAGGAAAGCUUUGAGAAGAAAGGACUGAUUGACUACAACUUCCACUGUUUCAAGAAAGCCAUCCAGGAGGUUUUUGAUGUUCGAGUAAAGGUUCAACAAAAUCGUAAACUCCUCAAUCAGAGGAGGUGGAGCAAACUGACUGUGACCAAUGGAGUACUCAGCAACCCCCACUGAGGACAUAUCAAACAGCCAAAUAUACCUGAGCUGGACCCUGACAAAUCCAGGAGACUCCAUCCUCAUUCAAAGGAACACAUUACCUUUUUCCUUACUCUGUUUUUCUCUCUACUUUUUACUUCACUUUUUAAAAACUUUUAUCACAGUACUCUUUAGUGGCAUGUAGCUCAAGGUACAGUAUAGAUUUAUUUUUAUUUGAUUACAGCAGGUUGUAAAGUUAAAUUGAGUUUGUAACUCCCUUCUGCUACGUAGCAGACAAUAUACAUUAAUAUAAAAGCAAUCAUAAAAAUUGUAAACAUAAAUAAACUAUAUCCAGUGGAGCAGUAUUGAGGAUGAAUUUAGGUUUAAGCCUGAUAGUUUGGGGGGAAAAGCUGCUCUACAGUCUGGUGGUUCAACUUCUAGCUCUCUUCCCAGAAGGCGGCAGGGUGAACAGGCUGUGGCUGGGUGGGUACUGUCCUUUAGUAUCCUUUGGGCUCUGUAGGUACCUCACCUCACCGAUAUCACUGAUGCUCAGGAGAUGGGUACCAAUGAUCUUCUGAGCAGUUUUAAUCACCUGCUGCAGAGCCCUCCGGUCCUGGGCCGUGCACAUCCCAUGCCAGUUUGUGAUGUUUCCAGUCAGAAUGCUUUAACUCCUCUGUCAAAGCUGACAAGAACUUGGCCUUCUUAAGCUUCCUCAAGAAAUACAGUCCAUUCUGAGCUUUCUUCACCAGCGUGGAGAUGUGAGGUGACCACGUCAGGUUCUCUGUGAUGCUGAUUCCCAGGAACCUGAAACUCUUCACCUGCUCCACCUCAGCUCCACUGAUGUGGACAGGUCUUUAUCUCCUUUUUCCUAUAAUCAAUAAUCAGCUCCUCAGUUUUGCUGAUGUUGAGCAGUAGGUUGUUAUAAGAUUAUCAAUUUCCUCCUGAUAUGAAGUCAUUGCUUGAAUGAUGUCAGGGGAUUCAGUCUUGGGUGUACAGUGUGAACGGGAGGGGGCUGAGCACACAACAGCACAAGAGUUCAUGUCACUAACUUAACAGUAACACAACAUUCACUCAGUAUACUGUAUAACGACCAUAAAAAUAACUAACAGGUAGCAUUACAAUUAGUGUCACUAUCGUCUUGUAAAAGUCUCUUUUAUUUAUUUGUUUAUUUACUUAGAUUCCAUUACAACAAAAAGAGUAGCAUUUCUUCCUUGCAUGGAUUGUGCUACCUUACAGUCUAUAUCACAGAAAUCAAUCAGAAAUAUUUAAGUGAACCACAGUAUAAUCUACUUCUGUUGUACUGACUGUAUUAAGAGUUUUGAACUUGGUAUAGAGAAAUGUAAGUUAGCAAUUGUUAAAAAAAAAGGUGUAGUUUAAUAUGAUAUCCUGUGAGACAAAUGAGUGAUGGACUGUACUUCAGUCAGGAUACUCGCCUUAAAGUUUUAACCAUUUAUUUCAACUAUAACACCAUUUGGUGGUGUGACUCUGCUCCUGUGAUGCUCUGGGUCAAAUUGCUGUCCAAUCCCAAUCAUGCUGGCAAAACACCCUAUAGUUAGAGAUAUCCCACAGAUAGAAAUGAAUAAAACAUUUUUAUAAACUUUCUUUAAAUCAUCUGUCCGUCCAUCCAUCCAUCCAUCCAUCCAUCCAUCGUUAACUGCUUAUCCUGUGUACAGGGUUGUGGGGUCUUUAAAUAAUUUUAAUGCAUAUUUAUUCAUUAAUUACUAUUCUACUAUUCUUUAAUUGUUAUUUUUGUAUUUUACACAUUUGAGCCCUUACAGCUUAACUUAAAGCCUCUCUGAAUAAACAAACACCCAUUUGAUUAACUUUUCCUGAAGUGCUCAAAAAACCAAACAAUUUACAAUCAUUUGCAGCACACAAAAAGAACCAGGGAUAAUGAAUGGAGAUAUCUGUUUCUGCAAAAGAAUGCCUCAAAUAUGUUGUACAUCAGGAAUCAUAUUAAUUAAUGGGCUACUUGCCUUUCGCCCAGAGAUGCUCGAUUGAGUUUGAAAUUGAGUAUAUGAUUUGAAUUAGCAAAUAUAUUGAUUUUCUAGUCGUAGAAUUAGGUUUUGUGGGGAACACAGUGCAGGACUAUAGACCGACGGCCUGCAUAGGUCCGGAACAAUAGUCCUGCAGGGUUCCUUGCAAACUUGGACAGGAUGGCAGGGAGGGAAACAGAUGAUAGCAACAGUAUGGAGUUUAGUGAGGAAGAGGGAAAUUACACAGAUAAGGUGGGAGGGAAAAGGUGGAAAUAUGUGGUAAGACAGAACAGGAACGCAGGUAGGUUUAAGAGAAAGAAAAACACAUCUAGUUUAAGCGAAGCAGAAAGUGAGGGAAGAGAGAGUGAGAAGAAAGAGGUGUUGGGGGGGGGAUCGAAGGAAUAAUGCCAGGGAGUUGGAAGGAGGCUAUAAUAAUUCCAAUAAGGAAACCUGGAAAAGAUGUCAGUAGACCUGGAAGCUAUAGAUCAAUUGCCUUGACAUCUCAUAUCUGUAGGAAAGAGAAAUGGUGGUUUCAUACCAAAGCGGUCUUAGGAAGGGAAGGAGUACAAUAGAUCCAGUGCUGGGGCUAGAAGAUGAAAUAAAGAAAUUUCAAGUAAAUAAAAAGACAAUGGUUGCAGUAUUUUUCAACGUGGAAAGAAAGAAGAAAACGUAGCUCAGAUAAAAUAGUAAAAUCACAAUAAUAAAUUGUCAAAUUAGAGUGAUAACAGUCUGUACUUUGUUUUAAGACUAGAUGUGUGAGUGUGUGAGGCCCUGUUCACUGAAACCUGUGGUAAAAAUAAAUAAAAAUAAAUAAUUACAGGUUCACAAUACCCCAUAGAUUUUCUAUAGGGUUAAGGUCAGGCCAGUUUGCUGGCCAAUUAAGAA